AUGGCGUUAGUCGCGUACGAAAAUAGUGAUUCUAGUGAUGAUGAGACUGAAACAACAGUUACAUUACAUCCGAAAAUAAUUGAUCCACUUCAAGAGCCUAAUCACAAGAAUCAAAAUAAAUGUAACGAUGAACAAAAUCUGUUCAAUCUUCUUCCACUACCUUCCAAACAAAAAAUAGUCAUAAAUGAAGAUGACGAUGAAUUCCUACAUAAGAAGGAGAAAAUCACAAAAGUUAAUGCUGAGAUAAAACCUAAGUCGCGGAUAACAGUACCUUCACUGGAUGAUUUUAAAGAUGUAAAAGGUACUUUGACAAAUGUUAAAUCUAAAGCACCAGCAGAGAAAAAAUCAGGUCUACUUAGUAUACUACCACAACCUAAGCACAAUCAAAACAAUUCUACAAAAAAGUUGAUUCCACAAUCUGUCAUCAAUAAGCCUGCAGCUGCAGUUAAAAAGAAAGACUUGUACUCACCAACAAUUAAACAAACUAAAAAAGAAAUAAAAAGCUUGAUAACUGAUUAUUCUGAUGACAGUGAUGAUGAGAUACAAAACGACUUCUUUUCAAUUAAUAAACCAAUUGAAUUACCACCAGAUGAUACGAAUUCAGAUAUAAAUAUUACAAACACUGAAAUAAGUAAAAAAGAACCAAGAACACUGGAGUCUUACUUCAAAAAGGAUGAGCCUGUAGUAAUAGAAAAGGAUCAAAGUAUGGACUUGCAAUUUGUUGAGUCAAACACAAAUAGCGAAAGGAGCAUACAAAUUGAAGAAAACAUUCUAGAUGAAGAAGCUAUCUUAAAAUUAUGUGGAACUAGAGGAAAACGCAAACGGGAGGAGAUUCAAAUUGUUGAUAUUAAUCAGCAAGAUGUAUUAAAAGGUGCAAGAGAAAUGCUGCUUAAGGGGCUUAUGGACGAUACCACUAAGAGACAAUCUCAUAGCAAGAAGAAAGGCAAUGAACCUACUAGCCAACAGAAGCGAAAACAUCAAAUUACAUAUUUGGCACAUCAAGCUAAGGCUAAUGAAGCUGAACUUCAAAAUCAGUGGGCCAACAACAGAAUGACAAAGCGACAAACACAAUCAAAAUAUGGUUUUUAG